CCUAUCAAAAUGUAUAAUUAUCCUUCCUUCCCAUAAUAGUCAUAAUAAUGUCCCGCCCUAUUGGACUCUGAUCUACUUUCAGCAAUUCAUUUUUCAUAAGCGCUAAACUUUAACUAGAAGGCUCAGGAUAAAAGGCAAGACAGUGCCACACAAACAAGUCACUUUGACGGGCUUACUAAUUGAAUCAGGAGGUGACCAUGACCUGCUGUGAAGGAUGGACAUCCUGCAACGGAAUCAGCCUGCUGAUUCUACUUCUGUUGGGAGUAAUUCUCAACGCCAUACCGCUAAUUGUCAACUUAGUUGAAGACCAAGGUUUUCAAAACCCCAUCUCUUGCUUUGAGUGGUGGUUCCCAGGAAUUAUUGGAGCAGGUGUGAUGGUUAUCCCAGCAACAACAAUGUCCUUGGCAGCAAGAAAAAGAGCGUGCUGCAACAACAAAGUCGGAAUGUUUCUUUCAUCACUGUUGAACGUACUCACAGUCAUUGGUGCUGUGUAUUGCAUGUUGGUAUCUAUCCAGGCUCUUGAAGAAGGUCCUCUCAUCUGUAACUCUCAAAGCAACAGUACUUCCAGCUGUGAAUUUUCAUUUAAAAACUUAAGGGACAUUCAUCCAGAAUCCUUCAACCUGCAGUGGUUCCUCAGUGAAUCUUGCACAACGUCUACUGGUUCCAAUAAUCCCACCAACAACAAGGUCACGGCCAGCGACUGGAGAAGCUUGAACUUCGAGUCUACAGAAGACAAAUACAAGACUAUCCAUUUCUCAGUAUUUUUAGGUCUACUGCUUGUGGGAAUUCUUGAGCUCCUGUUUGGACUCAGUCAGAUAGUCAUCGGUUUCCUUGGCUGUCUGUGUGGAGUCUCUAAGCGAAGAAGUCGAAUUGUGUAACUUAAUGGUAAUGAAAUGGAAAUAUUAGCAGUUUG